AUGCGAGGCAUCAGAGAAGGAAGAAAUUGGAUCCCCACUACCACCCAUUUUACCCCUCCACCCUCGGUUUUUGCAGGAACAGCGGCCGAGAGAUCAUCAUCAAACGCAUUCGAGGCACGCAAUUUGCUUCUCGCCCGCUGUCCGGAACAGAUGCCGCGACUCGCAUCCGCAGCUUAUCUGGGCUUCGCCCUCAGUGCAAUUAUACCCUGUAAGUUCGACUCUUUGUGCAGGACCGAGGUGACGUUUUUCCUCAUCAGAGUGUUUUUCAACAUUCUGGCAAUGGUUGCUGUGAUGAAGUUCUACCGAAGAUUGCGAGAUGGAUUCUCGUGGAAAGACCCUGAGGAGAUCGAGCUCUACAAGGCGUCAAAAGGUUUGGGUCUCAGAAAGCACAUGGGGUUAAGAGAAACGGGGUUCUCUACACAGCCCCACGACACGGCGAGAAUAUGUAUGAACCACCGUCGGAAGGCUGGUGAUGAUGAUGGUGAUGAUUAUGAGAGAGAGAGAGAGAGAAACCACGAAGAAGGCAAAAAUUCUACGUGCCAAAUGAUCAGCUAUAGGCGAUACAUUAUUCCACCUUUUGUUGAUAUAUCCCCAAAAAACCCCGAGCUGCUUCGCAUUAUCGGCUCCAUCCCGAGUACAUUUUCCUCAGGAAGACCGAAACCCAGGCGAUAA